CUUAUAUUUCCUGUUUGAUCUAAACACCCGUUAUUUUGCCAAAUCUCCGACUUAUUUAUACUGAUUUUUAGAAGAAACCUUAUCAUUGUGAAAGUGAAUCUCAUCGCGAGCAGUUUUACAAAACAUUCACUCGUAUCAUAUUUGUUGUGGUUCAAAAUGUGUGCAGUCAAGUUUCAGUUUCUUAGUGCAUUAUUUUUUAUGGUGUUUUCAAUACACACUUCAAUUAGUCAGAGCAUCGGAUCAUUGGAAUUUCAGCAACCCUUUGACAAUCUGGAAUAUAAUGGAAGACCUAAUGAGGCAAUCGACCCACUGAACAUUGUUAAUCAUUUUCCUAAUGAUCUACAUUAUAACAAUGUUCCUGAUGAUCUGUGUGCUCCAUAUGACCCACCUCUUCCCGACUUCAGGACUCCUGGUAGAAGGAUUAGCGAAACUAAAUGUUUCGAGUAUCAUUGGUUGUUAAUAACUGAAGCUGAAAAAGCUUUAAGGCAAAGAACCUGCAGGUUAGGACCAAUUCCGGAAUGGUCAAACAAGAUUAGUCGCAGACAAGCGCCUUUAUAUGUUGACACAAGAUUUGAUGUCAACGUCGAUGCAGCUAAACGAGGGGAAUUCCCGAAUAUGGGCGCCAUAGGUUGGAAGGCGUUGAACGGUACAUGGAGAUUCAUGUGCGGUAGCAGUCUCAUAAGCUCCAAAUUCGUGCUGACGGCUGCACACUGCUCCGAGGCAUCGAAGGCGGAUUUGACUUUCCUUGCUGAUACUAAACCCAAGAUCGUCAGACUGGGCAGAACAAUGCUUGACCAUAACAGUAAGCACAACACACCUUUUGACGCAAAAAUAAUUAAUGUUAUAGUCCACCCCAAUUUCAAGUCUCCGAUUCAGUACUACGAUAUCGCUCUAAUGGAGCUGGCCCAAGAGGUGCUGUUUUCUGAGGAAAUACGACCUGCUUGCUUAUGGAAUAAGAAUAAUAUGGACACAGUCGUUGAUAAAGUUAAAAUCACUGGCUGGGAUGAGGAACCCGGUAGCUCAGAAAAGUCUGCAAAGCUACUAGUUGCAGAUGUGGACAUAAUAGAUUCCACUACAUGCAAUGAUCUGCUGGCCAGUUCUUGUAACAGGAAUUGGUGCGGACUCGAUAAUCAUCAGAUGUGUGCUGGCAAACUGACGGGAGGAGUAGACACUUGCCGGGGUGACUCGGGAGGACCGCUCCAAGUGAAAAUUCCACUCCUCUUCACAUAUCCUGACAUGGUGAGGAGCAUGAACUACGUAAUCGGCGUGACGGCAUUCGGCAUACGCUGUGGUCUUCCUGGGUUACCGGGAGUGUAUACCAGGGUAGAUAGUUUCAUUGACUGGAUUGAGAGCAUUGUAUGGCCAGAUUUUAAAUGAAUAUUGGUAUUUUCAUGGAAAUCGACGAGAUAAUCGUGAUGAUUCUUAAGAGAAAAUGGGAUGAUUGGGUCAAGAUAAUUGAAGUAAACUAUAAGCUACUAGCCAGAUUAUCGGUGCAGAUUUGGUUUUUGCAUUUCAGUGAUUUCUUAUUUAGUUUGACAGGGAAAGUAGGAUUCAAAGUAGCCAAUUAUUUAACUCGAGAUAUAAAGACGUAGAAAACCCUUGGUUAACUUAAUUUUGUUUUCUAUAAAAUUAAUAUUUUUCUAAUUGUCUUCAUCCAAUUACUUUAUCGUAAUAGUAUUAUGAUUGCAGCUAAGAAUGUUUUAAUUGAUUCAAAUAUUAAGCUAAUUGUAACUAUUAAGUUACUGAGUGAUAGUUAUUUAAUUAAGUUAUGUAUAGAGACAGUGUUAGAAGUACGCAUUUUUUGGUGUUAUUUAAUGAAUGAAUGUAAGUUAUUAAGAUGAAAUUGUUUUGUGGUGUUAUUGUAUUCUGUUUUAUUGGUAAGUUUUAUUUAUUCAA